AUGAAAGAUAGCGGAGCCAAGAAAGGCCGAGGAAUGGGAGAAGGUUGUGCCAAAGGAGGCAUACAGGGCAACCCCAACGCUAAUUAUGUGAGGCUAGGCGAUGCCAAUGGUGCGAGUAGGAGCGAAGUGGCUGAUGACGACCAUGGCUGCAGGGACAGAGUAGGAAGAGAUUUGGGUGACUCGGGAGGCUCUCUCCUAAGAGACAGAGAGAACAGUGAGAGUAGCCAAAGGGGUACCAGUAGGAUAGAGCUGGCGAUAUUGGGCAUCCAGUGCAGGAGACGAGAUCACUUGGGGUGA